CUUGAAGAGACCCAAUGCUACGUCCUGAUGGAGUUCGAGUUCGGAGGGAAAACGCUGGAACGCUCCAAGAUAACGAUCGAGCAGUUAGAGAGCGUGCUCCUGCAAGUCGCCUGCUCGCUGGCUGUGGCCGAGCUUGAGCUCGAGUUCGAGCACCGGGACCUCCACUGCGACAACGUGCUGGUGAAUACCACUCAGCAGGAGGUCAUCGAGUUCGUUCUACACGGCCAGAAAAUCCGUGUGCGCACUGCUGGCGUCAAGGCAUCUGUCAUCGACUACACGCUGUCACGGACACGCAUAGGUGGACAGGUGUACUACACGGACCUCUCCAGGGACUCCGUACUUUUCCAGGGUACCGGGAGCUACCAGUAUGACAUCUACCGGAUCAUGAAGGAGCAAAACGGCGAUGAUUGGGAAGCCUAUCGCCCGCACACAAACGUGGUGUGGCUUCACUACUUGCUGAAGAAGUUGUUCCAGAAGCUUCCCAAGACAAAGCAAGUCGCGGAUGUCAUUGAGCCGUCCACUUCUCGCGGCCGACUGGCCGCCUGGAUGGACGUGAUCCUGUCGUUCCCGUCGGCCGAGGGCUUUGUGGCUGAACAGGUCAUCCCCCUCCUCGAACGGGACGCCGAGGCACCGCGCAGGGCUAAAUGCGCGCGACAGCCGCAGACUGAGGAUCCGCGGGCCAUAAAUCUACGGGCACGCCGCUAA